UUGCUUGAAUCUGCAGGAAGAUGUCUUACUUCUUAGACAGCAUUUCCACCAUCAUUAGCGUCUUUUACAAACAUGCAAAGGAAGAUGGAGAUGGCUCCAUCCUCAGCAGAAGGGAGAUGAAAGAGUUUAUCCUGAAGGAGUUCGCAGAUGUCAUAGCGAACCCACAUGAUCCUCAAACGAUUGACAAGGUUCUGCAGUUUCUUGAAUGGGAUGACGAUGGCAAAAUAGACUUUAAUGAGUUCCUACUUUUGGUAUUCAGAGUGGCUAAGGCCUGCUACUGGUUUCUGCAGAAGGGACCGUGUCUUCUGCAAAGAACAAAGCUAAUAACCAGUGGGAAAUCACUCCAAGAGCCUGAAAUUAUUAACAGAGGGCACCAUCGUCAGCUCCAGGAAGAGGAACCACAAAUCCAUGAGAGUAAUCAUCCACCCUGUGAACCUGAGCCACAACGAGACACCAGGGUUCACAAGCUUGAAACCCUAGAGGAAACGGAGAGUCAUCGCCAGCGAUGUAACACACAAAGUAGAGAUGAUGCAAAAAGGAGCAGCAAAUCCAAGGAGCGAACCUCUCAAGCAUAUGAAGAACGAAGCCAAGAGCCAUGCGACCAACGUAACAUUCGCCACCCACCUGAGCUGGACAGACAAGAUGACGUACAGAGCCGUAGUGAGUCAAGAAAGCCCAAACCACUGGUGUACGAGAGAGGCAGCGACCAGAAACAUCAGUCAAAGCAAAAAGGAGAUGUUAGGACCCACUGCGUGCCAUAUGAAUCAGAAGAACAACUCAACAAACGCAGCAGCUUGCCUGAACCGCACGCAGAUGAGAGACGAAAUCAAGAGGGGCCUCAGCCAGAACGACUGGCAGACGUGAAGAGUCACAACCAGCCAUGUAAACCUCAACCACUGCCAAACUGGUGGAGUAGUCGUGAACCACAUGAGUCAGCACCACAACUGUAUGAUCAAAAGAACCAUCAUCCACAAGACCAAGAGGCAGUGCAAUAUGGAAGGAGCAGCCAAAGGCCACAGGAACCAGAACAAGAAGCAAAUAGAGGAAGUCACAGUCAGCGACAUAAGACUGAAUUACUGACAAAUGCGAGAGGCCAAGAGAAGCCACAGGAAGCGACGGAGCCAUGUGGGGACACAGCAAGGAGGGACCGUUCCCACGAUGAUGAACUUGUGGAGGACGAAAGGAGGAUUUGCCAGGGACCAGAGCUGCAAGAGCCAGCGGGCGAGAGGAGGAACAUUCGCUCUCGCGAACUGCAAGCCGAGGUCUCCGAGAGCACCAGACUCCAGACACGGGAGAGAGAAGCACGAGGACCCCUUGGCACGUACGAACGGACCCGCUGGACCGUAGAAGAGGCCGCAGAAGCAGACCUGAGGGUCCGCCGUGUCUCCUAUGAACCCGAGCCACGUGGGGACAUAGCAAGGAGGGACCGUUCCCGCGACAGCGAAGUCGCCGAGGAUGAGAGGAGGAUUUGCCAGGGACCAGAGCUGCAAGAGCCAGCGGGCGAGAGGAGGAACAUUCGCUCUCGCGAGCUGCAAGCCGAGGUCUCCGAGAGCACCAGACUCCAGACACGGGAGAGAGAAGAGUCAGGGCCCCUCGGCACGUACGAACGGACCCGCUGGACCGUAGAAGAGGCCGCAGAAGCAGACCUGAGGGUCCGCCGUGUCUCCUAUGAACCCGAGCCACGUGGGGACAUAGCAGGAAGGGACCGUUCCCGCGACGGCGAAGUCGCCAAGGACGAGAGGAGGAUUUGCCAGGGACCAGAGCUGCAAGAGCCAGCGGGCGAGAGGAGGAACAUUCGCUCUCGCGAGCUGCAAGCCGAGGUCUCCGAGAGCACCAGACUCCAGACACGGGAGAGAGAAGAGUCAGGGCCCCUCGGCACGUACGAACGGACCCGCCGGACCGUAGAAGAGGCCGCAGAAGCAGACCUGAGGGUCCGCCGUGUCUCCUAUGAACCCGAGCCACGUGGGGACAUAGCAGGAAGGGACAGUUCCCGCGACGGCGAUGUCUCCAAGGAUGACAGGAGGAUUCGCCAGGGACCAGAGCUGCAAGAGCCAGCGGGCGAGAGGAGGAACAUUCGCUCUCGCGAGCUGCAAGCCGAGGUCUCCGAGAGCACCAGACUCCAGACACGGGAGAGAGAAGCACGAGGCCCCCUCGGCACGUACGAACGGACCCGCUGGACCGUAGAAGAGGCCGCAGAAGCAGACCUGAGGGUCCGCCGUGUCUCCUAUGAACCCGAGCCACGUGGGGACAUAGCAGGAAGGGACCGUUCCCGCGACGGCGAAGUCGCCAAGGACGAGAGGAGGAUUUGCCAGGGACCAGAGCUGCAAGAGCCAGCGGGCGAGAGGAGGAACAUUCGCUCUCGCGAGCUGCAAGCCGAGGUCUCCGAGAGCACCAGACUCCAGACACGGGAGAGAGAAGCACGAGGCCCCCUCGGCACGUACGAACGGACCCGCUGGACCGUAGAAGAGGCCGCAGAAGCAGACCUGAGGGUCCGCCGUGUCUCCUAUGAACCCGAGCCACGUGGGGACAUAGCAGGAAGGGACCGUUCCCGCGACGGCGAUGUCUCCAAGGAUGACAGGAGGAUUCACCAGGGACCAGAGCUGCAAGAGCCAGCGGGCGAGAGGAGGAACAUUCGCUCUCGCGAGCUGCAAGCCGAGGUCUCCGAGAGCAGCAGACUCCAGACACGGGAGAGAGAAGCACGAGGCCCCCUCGGCACGUACGAACGGACCCGCUGGACCGUAGAAGAGGCCGCAGAAGCAGACCUGAGGGUCCGCCGUGUCUCCUAUGAACCCGAGCCACGUGGGGACAUAGCAAGGAGGGACCGUUCCCGCGACGGCGAAGUCGCCGAGGACGAGAGGAGGAUUUGCCAGGGACCAGAGCUGCAAGAGCCAGCGGGCGAGAGGAGGAACAUUCGCUCUCGCGAGCUGCAAGCCGAGGUCUCCGAGAGCACCAGACUCCAGACACGGGAAAGAGAAGCACGAGGCCCCCUCGGCACGUACGAACGGACCCGCUGGACCGUAGAAGAGGCCGCAGAAGCAGACCUGAGGGUCCGCCGUGUCUCCUAUGAACCCGAGCCACGUGGGGACAUAGCAGGAAGGGACCGUUCCCGCGACGGCGAAGUCGCCAAGGACGAGAGGAGGAUUUGCCAGGGACCAGAGCUGCAAGAGCCAGCGGGCGAGAGGAGGAACAUUCGCUCUCGCGAGCUGCAAGCCGAGGUCUCCGAGAGCACCAGACUCCAGACACGGGAGAGAGAAGAGUCAGGGCCCCUCGGCACGUACGAACGGACCCGCCGGACCGUAGAAGAGGCCGCAGAAGCAGACCUGAGGGUCCGCCGUGUCUCCUAUGAACCCGAGCCACGUGGGGACAUAGCAGGAAGGGACCGUUCCCGCGACGGCGAUGUCUCCAAGGAUGACAGGAGGAUUCGCCAGGGACCAGAGCUGCAAGAGCCAGCGGGCGAGAGGAGGAACAUUCGCUCUCGCGAGCUGCAAGCCGAGGUCUCCGAGAGCACCAGACUCCAGACACGGGAGAGAGAAGCACGAGGCCCCCUCGGCACGUACGAACGGACCCGCUGGACCGUAGAAGAGGCCGCAGAAGCAGACCUGAGGGUCCGCCGUGUCUCCUAUGAACCCGAGCCACGUGGGGACAUAGCAGGAAGGGACCGUUCCCGCGACGGCGAAGUCGCCGAGGACGAGAGGAGGAUUUGCCAGGGACCAGAGCUGCAAGAGCCAGCGGGCGAGAGGAGGAACAUUCGCUCUCACGAGCUGCAAGCCGAGGUCUCCGAGAGCACCAGACUCCGGACACGGGAGAGAGAAGAGUCAGGGCCCCUCGGCACGUACGAACGGACCCGCCGGACCGUAGAAGAGGCCGCAGAAGCAGACCUGGGGGUCCGCCGUGUCUCCUAUGAACCCGAGCCACGUGGGGACAUAGCAGGAAGGGACCGUUCCCGCGACGGCGAAGUCGCCGAGGACGAGAGGAGGAUUUGCCAGGGACCAGAGCUGCAAGAGCCAGCGGGCGAGAGGAGGAACAUUCGCUCUCGCGAACUGCAAGCCGAGGUCUCCGAGAGCAGCAGACUCCAGACACGGGAGAGAGAAGCACGAGGACCCCUCGGCACGUACGAACGGACCCGUUGGACCGUGGAAGAGGCCGCAGAAGCAGACCUGAGGGUCCGCCGUGUCUCCUAUGAACCCGAGCCACAUGGGGACAUAGCAAGGAGGGACCGUUCUGGAGAGGGCCAAGUCGCCGAGGACGAGAGGAGGAUUUGCCAGGGACCAGAGCUGCAAGAGCCAGCGGGCGAGAGGAGGAACAUUCGCUCUCGCGAGCUGCAAGCCGAGGUCUCCGAGAGCACCAGACUCCAGACACGGGAGAGAGAAGCACGAGGACCCCUCGGCACGUACGAACGGACCCGCUGGACCGUAGAAGAGGCCGCAGAAGCAGACCUGAGGGUCCGCCGUGUCUCCUAUGAACCCGAGCCACGUGGGGACAUAGCAGGAAGGGACCGUUCCCGCGACGGCGAAGUCGCCGAGGACGAGAGGAGGAUUUGCCAGCGACCAGAGCUGCAAGAGCCAGCGGGCGAGAGGAGGAACAUUCGCUCUCACGAGCUGCAAGCCGAGGUCUCCGAGAGCACCAGACUCCGGACACGGGAGAGAGAAGAGUCAGGGCCCCUCGGCACGUACGAACGGACCCGCCGGACUGUAGAAGAGGCCGCAGAAGCAGACCUGAGGGUCCGCCGUGUCUCCAAUGAACCCGAGCCACGUGGGGACAUAGCAGGAAGGGACCAUUCUGGAGAGAGCCAAGUCGCCGAGGACGAGAGGAGGAUUUGCCAGCGACCAGAGCUGCAAGAGCCAGCGGGCGAGAGGAGGAACAUUCGCUCUCGCGAGCUGCAAGCCGAGGUCUCCGAGAGCACCAGACUCCGGACACGGGAGAGAGAAGAGUCAGGGCCCCUCGGCACGUACGAACGGACCCGCCGGACUGUAGAAGAGGCCGCAGAAGCAGACCUGAGGGUCCGCCGUGUCUCCUAUGAACCCGAGCCACGUGGGGACAUAGCAAGGAGGGACCGUUCUGGAGAGGGCCAAGUCGCCGAGGACGAGAGGAGGAUUUGCCAGGGACCAGAGCUGCAAGAGCCAGCGGGCGAGAGGAGGAACAUUCGCUCUCGCGAGCUGCAAGCCGAGGUCUCCGAGAGCACCAGACUCCAGACACGGGAGAGAGAAGCACGAGGACCCCUCGGCACGUACGAACGGACCCGCUGGACCGUAGAAGAGGCCGCAGAAGCAGACCUGAGGGUCCGCCGUGUCUCCUAUGAACCCGAGCCACGUGGGGACAUAGCAGGAAGGGACCGUUCCCGCGACGGCGAAGUCGCCAAGGACGAGAGGAGGAUUUGCCAGGGACCAGAGCUGCAAGAGCCAGCGGGCGAGAGGAGGAACAUUCGCUCUCGCGAGCUGCAAGCCGAGGUCUCCGAGAGCACCAGACUCCAGACACGGGAGAGAGAAGAGUCAGGGCCCCUCGGCACGUACGAACGGACCCGCCGGACCGUAGAAGAGGCCGCAGAAGCAGACCUGAGGGUCCGCCGUGUCUCCUAUGAACCCGAGCCACGUGGGGACAUAGCAGGAAGGGACCGUUCCCGCGACGGCGAUGUCUCCAAGGAUGACAGGAGGAUUCGCCAGGGACCAGAGCUGCAAGAGCCAGCGGGCGAGAGGAGGAACAUUCGCUCUCGCGAACUGCAAGCCGAGGUCUCCGAGAGCAGCAGACUCCAGACACGGGAGAGAGAAGCACGAGGCCCCCUCGGCACGUACGAACGGACCCGCUGGACCGUGGAAGAGGCCGCAGAAGCAGACCUGAGGGUCCGCCGUGUCUCCUAUGAACCCGAGCCACAUGGGGACAUAGCAAGGAGGGACCGUUCUGGAGAGGGCCAAGUCGCCGAGGACGAGAGGAGGAUUUGCCAGGGACCAGAGCUGCAAGAGCCAGCGGGCGAGAGGAGGAACAUUCGCUCUCGCGAGCUGCAAGCCGAGGUCUCCGAGAGCACCAGACUCCAGACACGGGAGAGAGAAGCACGAGGACCCCUCGGCACGUACGAACGGACCCGCUGGACCGUAGAAGAGGCCGCAGAAGCAGACCUGAGGGUCCGCCGUGUCUCCUAUGAACCCGAGCCACGUGGGGACAUAGCAGGAAGGGACCGUUCCCGCGACGGCGAAGUCGCCGAGGACGAGAGGAGGAUUUGCCAGCGACCAGAGCUGCAAGAGCCAGCGGGCGAGAGGAGGAACAUUCGCUCUCACGAGCUGCAAGCCGAGGUCUCCGAGAGCACCAGACUCCAGACACGGGAGAGAGAAGAGUCAGGGCCCCUCGGCACGUACGAACGGACCCGCCGGACCGUAGAAGAGGCCGCAGAAGCAGACCUGGGGGUCCGCCGUGUCUCCUAUGAACCCGAGCCACGUGGGGACAUAGCAGGAAGGGACCGUUCCCGCGACGGCGAAGUCGCCGAGGACGAGAGGAGGAUUUGCCAGGGACCAGAGCUGCAAGAGCCAGCGGGCGAGAGGAGGAACAUUCGCUCUCGCGAACUGCAAGCCGAGGUCUCCGAGAGCAGCAGACUCCAGACACGGGAGAGAGAAGCACGAGGACCCCUCGGCACGUACGAACGGACCCGUUGGACCGUGGAAGAGGCCGCAGAAGCAGACCUGAGGGUCCGCCGUGUCUCCUAUGAACCCGAGCCACAUGGGGACAUAGCAAGGAGGGACCGUUCUGGAGAGGGCCAAGUCGCCGAGGACGAGAGGAGGAUUUGCCAGGGACCAGAGCUGCAAGAGCCAGCGGGCGAGAGGAGGAACAUUCGCUCUCGCGAGCUGCAAGCCGAGGUCUCCGAGAGCACCAGACUCCAGACACGGGAGAGAGAAGCACGAGGACCCCUCGGCACGUACGAACGGACCCGCUGGACCGUAGAAGAGGCCGCAGAAGCAGACCUGAGGGUCCGCCGUGUCUCCUAUGAACCCGAGCCACGUGGGGACAUAGCAGGAAGGGACCGUUCCCGCGACGGCGAAGUCGCCGAGGACGAGAGGAGGAUUUGCCAGCGACCAGAGCUGCAAGAGCCAGCGGGCGAGAGGAGGAACAUUCGCUCUCACGAGCUGCAAGCCGAGGUCUCCGAGAGCACCAGACUCCGGACACGGGAGAGAGAAGAGUCAGGGCCCCUCGGCACGUACGAACGGACCCGCCGGACUGUAGAAGAGGCCGCAGAAGCAGACCUGAGGGUCCGCCGUGUCUCCAAUGAACCCGAGCCACGUGGGGACAUAGCAGGAAGGGACCAUUCUGGAGAGAGCCAAGUCGCCGAGGACGAGAGGAGGAUUUGCCAGCGACCAGAGCUGCAAGAGCCAGCGGGCGAGAGGAGGAACAUUCGCUCUCGCGAGCUGCAAGCCGAGGUCUCCGAGAGCACCAGACUCCGGACACGGGAGAGAGAAGAGUCAGGGCCCCUCGGCACGUACGAACGGACCCGCCGGACUGUAGAAGAGGCCGCAGAAGCAGACCUGAGGGUCCGCCGUGUCUCCUAUGAACCCGAGCCACGUGGGGACAUAGCAAGGAGGGACCGUUCUGGAGAGGGCCAAGUCGCCGAGGACGAGAGGAGGAUUUGCCAGGGACCAGAGCUGCAAGAGCCAGCGGGCGAGAGGAGGAACAUUCGCUCUCGCGAGCUGCAAGCCGAGGUCUCCGAGAGCACCAGACUCCAGACACGGGAGAGAGAAGCACGAGGACCCCUCGGCACGUACGAACGGACCCGCUGGACCGUAGAAGAGGCCGCAGAAGCAGACCUGAGGGUCCGCCGUGUCUCCUAUGAACCCGAGCCACGUGGGGACAUAGCAGGAAGGGACCGUUCCCGCGACGGCGAAGUCGCCAAGGACGAGAGGAGGAUUUGCCAGGGACCAGAGCUGCAAGAGCCAGCGGGCGAGAGGAGGAACAUUCGCUCUCGCGAGCUGCAAGCCGAGGUCUCCGAGAGCACCAGACUCCAGACACGGGAGAGAGAAGAGUCAGGGCCCCUCGGCACGUACGAACGGACCCGCCGGACCGUAGAAGAGGCCGCAGAAGCAGACCUGAGGGUCCGCCGUGUCUCCUAUGAACCCGAGCCACGUGGGGACAUAGCAGGAAGGGACCGUUCCCGCGACGGCGAUGUCUCCAAGGAUGACAGGAGGAUUCGCCAGGGACCAGAGCUGCAAGAGCCAGCGGGCGAGAGGAGGAACAUUCGCUCUCGCGAACUGCAAGCCGAGGUCUCCGAGAGCAGCAGACUCCAGACACGGGAGAGAGAAGCACGAGGCCCCCUCGGCACGUACGAACGGACCCGCUGGACCGUGGAAGAGGCCGCAGAAGCAGACCUGAGGGUCCGCCGUGUCUCCUAUGAACCCGAGCCACAUGGGGACAUAGCAAGGAGGGACCGUUCUGGAGAGGGCCAAGUCGCCGAGGACGAGAGGAGGAUUUGCCAGGGACCAGAGCUGCAAGAGCCAGCGGGCGAGAGGAGGAACAUUCGCUCUCGCGAGCUGCAAGCCGAGGUCUCCGAGAGCACCAGACUCCAGACACGGGAGAGAGAAGCACGAGGACCCCUCGGCACGUACGAACGGACCCGCUGGACCGUAGAAGAGGCCGCAGAAGCAGACCUGAGGGUCCGCCGUGUCUCCUAUGAACCCGAGCCACGUGGGGACAUAGCAGGAAGGGACCGUUCCCGCGACGGCGAAGUCGCCGAGGACGAGAGGAGGAUUUGCCAGCGACCAGAGCUGCAAGAGCCAGCGGGCGAGAGGAGGAACAUUCGCUCUCACGAGCUGCAAGCCGAGGUCUCCGAGAGCACCAGACUCCAGACACGGGAGAGAGAAGAGUCAGGGCCCCUCGGCACGUACGAACGGACCCGCCGGACCGUAGAAGAGGCCGCAGAAGCAGACCUGGGGGUCCGCCGUGUCUCCUAUGAACCCGAGCCACGUGGGGACAUAGCAGGAAGGGACCGUUCCCGCGACGGCGAAGUCGCCGAGGACGAGAGGAGGAUUUGCCAGGGACCAGAGCUGCAAGAGCCAGCGGGCGAGAGGAGGAACAUUCGCUCUCGCGAGCUGCAAGCCGAGGUCUCCGAGAGCACCAGACUCCAGACACGGGAGAGAGAAGCACGAGGACCCCUCGGCACGUACGAACGGACCCGUUGGACCGUGGAAGAGGCCGCAGAAGCAGACCUGAGGGUCCGCCGUGUCUCCUAUGAACCCGAGCCACAUGGGGACAUAGCAAGGAGGGACCGUUCUGGAGAGGGCCAAGUCGCCGAGGACGAGAGGAGGAUUUGCCAGGGACCAGAGCUGCAAGAGCCAGCGGGCGAGAGGAGGAACAUUCGCUCUCGCGAGCUGCAAGCCGAGGUCUCCGAGAGCACCAGACUCCAGACACGGGAGAGAGAAGCACGAGGACCCCUCGGCACGUACGAACGGACCCGCUGGACCGUAGAAGAGGCCGCAGAAGCAGACCUGAGGGUCCGCCGUGUCUCCUAUGAACCCGAGCCACGUGGGGACAUAGCAGGAAGGGACCGUUCCCGCGACGGCGAAGUCGCCGAGGACGAGAGGAGGAUUUGCCAGCGACCAGAGCUGCAAGAGCCAGCGGGCGAGAGGAGGAACAUUCGCUCUCGCGAGCUGCAAGCCGAGGUCUCCGAGAGCACCAGACUCCAGACACGGGAGAGAGAAGCACGAGGACCCCUCGGCACGUACGAACGGACCCGCUGGACCGUAGAAGAGGCCGCAGAAGCAGACCUGAGGGUCCGCCGUGUCUCCUAUGAACCCGAGCCACGUGGGGACAUAGCAGGAAGGGACCGUUCCCGCGACGGCGAAGUCGCCAAGGACGAGAGGAGGAUUUGCCAGGGACCAGAGCUGCAAGAGCCAGCGGGCGAGAGGAGGAACAUUCGCUCUCGCGAGCUGCAAGCCGAGGUCUCCGAGAGCACCAGACUCCAGACACAGGAGAGAGAAGAGUCAGGGCCCCUCGGCACGUACGAACGGACCCGCCGGACCGUAGAAGAGGCCGCAGAAGCAGACCUGAGGGUCCGCCGUGUCUCCUAUGAACCCGAGCCACGUGGGGACAUAGCAGGAAGGGACCGUUCCCGCGACGGCGAUGUCUCCAAGGAUGACAGGAGGAUUCGCCAGGGACCAGAGCUGCAAGAGCCAGCGGGCGAGAGGAGGAACAUUCGCUCUCGCGAGCUGCAAGCCGAGGUCUCCGAGAGCAGCAGACUCCAGACACGGGAGAGAGAAGCACGAGGCCCCCUCGGCACGUACGAACGGACCCGCUGGACCGUAGAAGAGGCCGCAGAAGCAGACCUGAGGGUCCGCCGUGUCUCCUAUGAACCCGAGCCACGUGGGGACAUAGCAGGAAGGGACCGUUCCCGCGACGGCGAAGUCGCCAAGGACGAGAGGAGGAUUUGCCAGGGACCAGAGCUGCAAGAGCCAGCGGACGAGAGGAGGAACAUUCGCUCUCGCGAGCUGCAAGCCGAGGUCUCCGAGAGCACCAGACUCCAGACACGGGAGAGAGAAGCACGAGGACCCCUCGGCACGUACGAACGGACCCGCCGGACCGUAGAAGAGGCCGCAGAAGCAGACCUGGGGGUCCGCCGUGUCUCCUAUGAACCCGAGCCACGUGGGGACAUAGCAGGAAGGGACCGUUCCCGCGACGGCGAAGUCGCCGAGGACGAGAGGAGGAUUUGCCAGCGACCAGAGCUGCAAGAGCCAGCGGGCGAGAGGAGGAACAUUCGCUCUCGCGAGCUGCAAGCCGAGGUCUCCGAGAGCACCAGACUCCGGACACGGGAGAGAGAAGAGUCAGGGCCCCUCGGCACGUACGAACGGACCCGCUGGACCGUAGAACAGGCCGCAGAAGCAGACCUGAGGGUCCGCCGUGUCUCCUAUGAACCCGAGCCACGUGGGGACAUAGCAGGAGGGGACCGUUCCCGCGACGGCGAUGUCUCCAAGGAUGACAGGAGGAUUUGCCAGGGACCAGAGCUGCAAGAGCCAGCGGGCGAGAGGAGGAACAUUCGCUCUCGCGAGCUGCAAGCCGAGGUCUCCGAGAGCACCAGACUCCAGACACGGGAGAGAGAAGAGUCAGGGCCCCUCGGCACGUACGAACGGACCCGCUGGACCGUAGAAGAGGCCGCAGAAGCAGACCUGAGGGUCCGCCGUGUCUCCUAUGAACCCGAGCCACGUGGGGACAUAGCAAGGAGGGACCGUUCCCGCGACGGCGAAGUCGCCGAGGACGAGAGGAGGAUUUGCCAGGGACCAGAGCUGCAAGAGCCAGCGGGCGAGAGGAGGAACAUUCGCUCUCGCGAGCUGCAAGCCGAGGUCUCCGAGAGCACCAGACUCCAGACACGGGAGAGAGAAGAGUCAGGGCCCCUCGGCACGUACGAACGGACCCGCUGGACCGUAGAAGAGGCCGCAGAAGCAGACCUGAGGGUCCGCCGUGUCUCCUAUGAACCCGAGCCACGUGGGGACAUAGCAAGGAGGGACCGUUCUGGAGAGGGCCAAGUCGCCGAGGACGAGAGGAGGAUUUGCCAGGGACCAGAGCUGCAAGAGCCAGCGGGCGAGAGGAGGAACAUUCGCUCUCGCGAGCUGCAAGCCGAGGUCUCCGAGAGCAGCAGACUCCAGACACGGGAGAGAGAAGCACGAGGACCCCUCGGCACGUACGAACGGACCCGCUGGACCGUAGAAGAGGCCGCAGAAGCAGACCUGAGGGUCCGCCGUGUCUCCUAUGAACCCGAGCCACGUGGGGACAUAGCAAGGAGGGACCGUUCCCACGACAGCGAAGUCGCCGAGGACGAGAGGAGGAUUUGCCAGGGACCAGAGCUGCAAGAGCCAGCGGGCGAGAGGAGGAACAUUCGCUCUCGCGAGCUGCAAGCCGAGGUCUCCGAGAGCAGCAGACUCCGGACACGGGAGAGAGAACAGCCAGGCUCCCUCGGCACGUACGAACCCCCGCAGUGCAAAGGCACACGUGUGUGGGAAGCAUGCGUGGGCAGAAGUAGUAGCCAGCAGCCGUCUGCUUUCAGGCCCCAGGAAAGAAAAGGGGACCUGAAUGAGCCACACGAGCACGAGUCGCAGGAUAGAAAAAGCUGCUCUCAGCAGGAGAGGACUGAAAUAGAAACGAAGGAAGGGGUGCAACAGGAUCCCCCAUCAGAUAUCGUUAAGGGUGAACCUCAUCAACCAUGCAAGGCUGAACCCAGAGAGGACGGGAAGAAAAACCAGUGUCCAAGGAUGCCUGAUCCCAAAAUGGAGCCACAGCAAAACGGAUCAAAAGCCUCUGAGGAGCUGGUCCCGCAGGAGCCUGAAUCCAGCUGCUGCUCAGUGGGUGAGCCCCGAGCGCCAGGGGAUGAGGGAAGCGCCCCGGGGAAGGCAACUCAGCAGGGGAGCGAGUGCGAGGAGAGGGAGGCCAAGAGCCGCCUACCUCCAUCCCAGGCAUCCGAACACAACCAGGACCAGGGGGACCGGGGCCAGGCUCCAGAGCCGCAGCCGCAGGAAAGUGGAGAGCGCCAGGCACUAGCAUGCAAGUCGGGCCAGCGAGCUGCAGAAGAGACCUGUCCGCAGCCACCCUCAAGGGAGGAAGCCAGCUGCCAUCAGCAGGAUGCAGAGAGGAGCAGCCACCUGCGACAGGAGGAAAACAGCAAGAGGAGCUACAGCCAAGCAAGCGAGUCCCAGGCCCAAGGGGAAGAGGAACAUCUUUGCACCAAGCAGAGCCAGGCCCCCCCCCGGCCCUCCAGCCUCACAGGAGGCAUCAAGUUGUCCCGGUGUGGAUGAGGCCAAGGCAUCUUAACAUGUCCGGUCUCUGCUGGGUAGUUGGUGGGCCUACCCCAAAUCUCUUUGAGGAUUGCUUCUGCUCUCUAGUUUUAGCGUAGGCAGAGAAUUAUCCCAGGAUCUACAGCUUCUGCUUUUCUGCAUUACAUCUAUCCACCUUAGCGCAGUAUUUAGUCACUUUUCUACUGUAAUUGGACUCCUUGGGUACCUCUGUCCUUUAUAUCCCUGUCAUCUCUGCUACCUUGUGGCAUCACUGUUCUGUAUCUCACACUGCACUCACACAUCCCUAGCCCUGUGGCAGGCUCUCAUGCUUGUCAGCUUCUGCUGUGCAACGCAAAAAAAAAUCCCAUUAUCUCAACCAUACUCAUUCUGGGGCCUGAAAAUCCUUGAGGCUGGGAAAAGACACCUUUAAAUGCAGACUCAGUGCUUUUGGUUACACACUUUUCCUUUCCUAGCAGCUGAAUAGAAUUCCAGCCCCAGUGUCAAGGAGGCUUUGAAGUAGUUGAGUUAUGUUGUGCUUACUACAGGGUGAUGGUGCUGGUGGGCCAGGCGCAGAGAGAGAUUUUCUUCUUCUCACUGAUGUAUUGCAUGAAAAAUCACAAUAAAUAGCUGAUGACCGCA